UUCUGUGAAGUCGGCGUGUGCUUUAUGCCAACUAAUGAAGGCAUCCAAAGCAUUAAUUUCGAUGUAAAAACAGCCACACUCUAUCUCCCUAUCAUUAGUGUAGAUGUGAAUUCGGAGAUUGUUCUACGGAACAUGGUUGCAUAUGAAGCAUGCCGAGUAUCAAGAGUCCCAAAAACCCUAAUGGCUACCAACCCGGAUUCCUUCGUACCGCAACAAAUAGCAAUAGGCCCUUAUCACCAUUUCCGCCCCGAGCUCUAUGAAAUCGAGACGUAUAAACUUGCUGCAGCUAAAACAACCCAGAAAAAGCUCCAAAACUUCAAAUUCCAGCAUUUAGUAGAUCAGUUCAGAAAAUUUGAGCCUCGAUUUCGAGCGUCCUACAACAAGUACCUUAAUUUCAAUGGCGAAACGUUAGCAUGGAUGAUCGCUGUGGAUGCAUCUUUCUUGCUCGAGUUCCUACAAAUAUUUGUUGUUAAAGAAGGUAAGGUACUAACUAAGGUUUCUUCCACAAUGUUUCAUUUGAUUGAUGUAUCAGGGAGAAAAUCAGCACAUAAUGCUAUUUUAAGAGAUAUGGUGAUGCUUGAGAAUCAGAUUCCAUUAUUUUCCUUAAGAAAAAUUUUAGAAUUCCAAUUUUCAUCGUUGGAGGAAGCAGAUAGUGCGCUACAUUCAAUGUUGACGGGAUUCUCUAAAGAGCUUUCGCCUUUUAAGAAGAUACAAGAAUGGCCUAAUUUUCAGGUUGUGGAGUGUGCACAUUUGCUAGAUCUUUUGUACCAUAUGAUUGUCCCAAAAUUAGAGGGUUCGUCCGAAAUGGCAGAAUCCAAGGAGAGAAAAGAUGAAAACGAGAAACAAGAAAGCGAAAAAAAUUAUUUGGCAAAAACUUUUUCGAAAUUGAAGGCAAGUCCUGUAAAUUUGAUCAAGAGAUUAAUUUUUUCGAGACCUGCUCAAUUGAUAUUUAAAUUACCUUGGAAAAUUAUCUCUAAUCUUCCUGUAGUAAUAAUUAUAAAACAACCUGUUGAAUACUUAUGGUUUUCUCAAGAAAAGCAAGAACGUAAACCGGAUAAUGAAACAUGUAACUUGAAUGUCUCCAUUAACAAACCUCCAUUAAUGGAGGAAAUUACUAUUCCUUCUGUAACUGAACUCUCAAAGGCUGGUGUCAAAUUUUCAGCCACAGAUUUAGGCAUUUUGAGCAUUAAUUUCGGCGAGAAAACAUCUACAUUUUAUCUCCCCACAGUUAAUUUAGAUGGGAACACAGAGGUCGUUCUGAGAAAUUUGGUGGCUUACGAGGCCUGCAAUGCAUCAGGGCCAUUGGUUUUUACUCGAUACACCGAAUUAAUGAACGGAAUUAUCGACACUGAAGAUGAUGCAAAGUUUCUUAGAGAACAUGGCAUAAUUUCGAACCAGUUGAAGAGUGAUGAAGAAGUAGCAAAUUUGUGGAAUGGCAUAAGCAAGUCUAUUAGAUUAACAAAGGUAUCCUUCUUGGAUAAAGUGAUUGAAGAUGUGAACAAGAAUUACAACGGAAGAUGGAAGGUUAAAGUUGACAACUUGUUGAAACAUGUUCCUGGGUCAUGGCAGUCUCUCACUUUAGUAGCAGUUAUUUUGAUAUUGCUGUUGAUGAUCUUGCAAGCAUUUUGUUCUGUCUAUAACUGUGCUCGUAGUCGUAGAUCUCAUGCCAAAACCAUCGAAUAAUUAUUCCCUCUGAUGCACCUUAAUUUUAUUU